CGAGCCCAGGAGCCUGGGGGGGCCCGCGCGGGGAUGCGCUCGGGGCGCGGCGGCUGCGGCUCCGGCUCCAGUUCGGACUGCUGCGGGGCGAGCUAGCGGCGCGGCCCCGGGAGGAGGCGGCGGAGGAGCGGCGGCGGCGGCGUCCGCGGAGGAGGCGGCGGCCCAAGCUCGAGCCCCCGCGCACCAUGGCUGCCCAGGGUGAAUCUGGCUACCUGGCGGCGCAGUCGGACCCGGGGUCCACGAGUGAGCGCAGCACCGACUCGCCCGUGCCGGGUUCGGAAGACGACUUGGCCGGGGGCCCCCUGCCCAGCCCCGAGUGGAGCGAGGAGCGCUUCCGCGUGGACAGGAAGAAGCUCGAGGCCAUGCUACAAGCUGCUGCUGAAGGAAAAGGCAAGAGUGGAGAGGACUUUUUUCAGAAGAUCAUGGAGGAGACGAACACACAGAUUGCUUGGCCAUCAAAGCUAAAGAUUGGAGCGAAAUCUAAGAAAGAUCCUCAUAUUAAAGUUUCUGGAAAGAAGGAAAAUGUUAAGGAAGCCAAGGAAAAGAUCAUGUCUGUCUUGGACACCAAAAGCAACCGAGUCACCCUGAAGAUGGAUGUUUCACACACAGAGCAUUCUCACGUCAUUGGCAAAGGUGGGAACAACAUUAAAAAGGUGAUGGAGGAAACAGGAUGUCACAUCCACUUUCCGGACUCCAAUAGGAACAACCAAGCAGAAAAAAGCAACCAGGUAUCGAUUGCAGGACAGCCAGCUGGCGUCGAGUCUGCCCGAGUUAGAAUUCGGGAGCUGCUCCCCUUGGUCCUGAUGUUUGAACUGCCCAUCGCUGGCAUUCUGCAGCCCAUUCCUGAUCCCAAUUCACCCACUCUUCAGCACAUUUCACAAACGUACAACAUUUCAGUAUCAUUUAAGCAGCGUUCCCGAAUGUAUGGUGCUACCGUCAUUGUUCGAGGGUCCCAGAACAACUCCAGCGCAGUGAAGGAAGGGACUGCCAUGUUGUUGGAGCAUCUUGCAGGGAGCCUGGCGUCUGCCAUCCCUGUGAGUACCCAGCUAGACAUCGCCACUCAGCAUCAUCUCUUCAUGAUGGGUCGAAAUGGAAGCCACAUCAAGCAGAUCAUGCAGAGGACUGGUGCUCAGAUCCACUUUCCUGACCCCAAUAACCCACAGAAGAAAUCCACUGUCUACCUCCAGGGCACCAUCGAGUCUGUUUGUCUUGCGAGACAAUAUCUCAUGGGCUGUCUUCCUCUUGUGUUGAUGUUUGAUAUGAAGGAAGAGAUCGACGUGGAACCUCAGUUCAUUGCUCAGUUGAUGGAGCAGUUAGACGUCUUCAUCAGCAUCAAACCGAAGCCCAAGCAGCCCAGCAAGUCUGUGAUUGUGAAAAGCGUUGAGAGAAAUGCCUUAAAUAUGUAUGAAGCCAGGAAAUGUCUCCUCGGACUUGAAAGUAGCGGCGUUACCAUAACAACCAGCCCAUCUCCUGUCUCCUGCCCGGCCGGUCUGUCAUGUCCUGGCUUGGAUAUCUUAGCUUCUGCAGGCCUGGGACUCACUGGACUAGGUUUGCUUGGCCCGACUGCCCUGUCCGUGAACGCCUCGACGCCUCCCAACACCCUCCUGAACGCUCUCAACAGCUCCGCGAGCCCCCUGCAGAGCCCAAGCUCUGGGACGCCCAGCCCCACUCUCUGGGCUCCCCCCCUGGCCAGUGCUUCUGGCGCCGCCGGCUUUCCGCCGCUGCCGCACCUCAUGAUCCCCUCCGCCGCCCAAGCCACACUGACCAGCAUCUUGUUGUCCGGAGUGCCUAGCUACAGCCAGACGGCGCCGUCUCCCCCUCCCGGCCUGACGCCCGUCGAGGUCCACGUCAACGGGAUGCCGCCCGAAGGCCCCCAGGGCUCGCCGGCUCUCAAUGGCCACGGGCAGCCUGCCAAGUUAAAAUACGGCGCCAUAUCGACGUCAUCCCUGGGAGACAAAGUGCUGCCUGGAAGUCACGGCGACCCGUCUCGACCUACGAGCGCCUCGGAGCAGGGGCCCUCCAAGGCCGCCGGCCCAGAAGGUGGCAACGACGCUUUUGUGGAAGUGGGCAUGCCUCGAAGUCCUUCCCAUUCAGCCGGUGCCGCCGAGCUGAAGCAGAUGAUGUCCUCCUCCAAGGUGGCCUGCCCCAAGAGGCAGACAGUCGAAUUACUGCAAGGCACCAAGAACUCUCAUUUACACACCACGGAGCGUUUGCUCUCUGAUUCAGAGCUGAGCACUUCGGAGAGUCCUUUGGCUGACAAAAAGGCUCCAGGAAGCGAGCGGGCCGCUGAGAGGGCAGCAGCAGCCCAGCAGAACUCAGACAGAGUCCGCCUGGCGCCACGAUCAUCAUACGUCAACAUGCAGGCAUUUGACUAUGAAGAGAAGAAGCUGCUAGCCACCAAAGCCAUGUUGAAGAAGCCGGUGGUGACGGAGGUGAGGACGCCCACCAACACGUGGAGCGGCCUGGGCUUCUCCAAGUCCAUGCCUGCGGAGACCAUCAA